CAUUCUUACAGUAACUGAGGAAAAUAUUAUCAUGGUUGGAGACCACAAUACCAUAUCUGGAGAUACGUCUCUAUCUCAAAGGACAACUAAGAGUGGAUUAAGUUGUAAAAUUGUUCUCCAAGCGGUUGGUAAAGUUCUGAGGAAGUCUAAGACGAAGCCCAAUGGAAAGAAGCCGCCUACCGAGGAGAAGAAGCACUACCUGGAGCCGGAGUACACCAAAGUGCGGCUUGUCGACUUUGACCUCAAGGAGCUGGUUGUGCUACCGCAGGAGAUCGACCUGAAUGAAUGGCUAGCCAGCAACACCACCACUUUCUUCAAUCUCAUUAACCUGCAAUACAGCACAAUCUCAGAGUUUUGCACUGGGGACACGUGUCAGUCCAUGACAGCUUGCAACACGACGUACUACUGGUAUGAUGAAAAGGGGAAGAAGACCAAGUGCACAGCGCCACAGUAUGUAGACUUUGUCAUGAGCACAGUACAGAAGCUCGUAACUGAUGAGGACAUUUUCCCCACCAAGUACGGAAAAGAGUUCCCCAGCGGGUUUGAUGUGCUGGUGAAGAAAAUCUGCAGAUAUCUCUUCCACGUGUUGGCCCACAUCUACUGGGCGCACUACAAAGAGACUGUGGCCAUGGAUCUGCACGGACACUUGAAUACACUUUACACACAUUUCAUUGUUUUUAUAAGGGUAUUCAGCCUGAUGGACGCCAAGGAGAUCUCUAUUAUGGAUGACCUCUCGGAGGUUCUCUGCACUCCCCUGCCCCCAGCACAGAACCACGUGACUGAGAGAUGAGGCCCAGGCCCGUGUCUGUGCCUGCCAAGCCGGGGGAGCUCCCCCAGGAAGGGAGAGGACUACGCCAGCCUAAAUGGCGAUUGGACUUAGACACCUUCCACCCCCCAGAAUACUGCUCUUAUUAGAAUCCAGCCAGGAGAAAGGGCCAGCCCUG